AUGGGAAAAGUUUGUGAGUCUCUCAAUGGCAACUUACAGCUUUCUAUUAUCAAGCUGUUGAUUGGCAGGAACAACAACAGCGAUACUUGGAUGAACAAUCCAACAGUUGGUUUAACAAUUCACAAGAGAGGUGAUGAGAAUCUCACAGAUAUGGGGAAGGAAAUCAGUGCAGCUAAUUAUUUAACUAUCCAAGCCUCACACUUCGGAACAGACAAGAUCACCCAUAUCAACAUACCUGGAUGGAAAUCAGAUGAAUGGCAGCAAGACAUGUGCAAUGUGUUCCUAAAAGUAGAUGAUGUGAACUGCAUUAAUUUACGCUGGAUUAAUGGUUUGCUGAAAUAUAUCCACGCUGUAAGCAAUCUCCGUGCUGUUGGUGCUGAGAUAGCUUAUUGUAUUGAUGUUCUUGUGAAAAAAUUUGGAUAUUCCCCUUCUAAAGUGCACUUGAUUGGCCGCAGCUUGAGAGCUCAUCUGGCUGGGGAAACUGGGUCAAGGACGCCAGGCCUUGGAAGGAUAACUGGCUUGGACCCAACUGGGCCAGGUUUCCACAGCACUCCAAAUGAAGUCAGGCUGGACCCCUCAGAUGCCAACUCUGUUGAUGUUAUUCAUACAAAUGAAGUUCGCUUCCUCUUCGAGCUUGUUAAGUUUUUAACACAAACUGAAACAUGGAGGAGAAUUUUAGAAGCGUUUAUCCUGCUUUUUUAAAUUUCAGGUGUUGGAACUAUUAAUGCUUGUGGCCACCUUGACUUUUACCCAAAUGGAGGGAAGCACAUGCCAAGAUGUGAAGAUUUAAUUACACCUUUAUUUAAAUUUGAUCUCAAUAUUUACAAGGAAGAGAUGUUUUCCUUCUUUGAUUGCAACCAUGCCCGAAGUCAUCGCUUUUAUGCUGAAAGCAUUCUCAAUCCUGAUGCAUUUAUUGCUUAUCCUUGUAGAUCCUACAAAUCUUUCCAAGCAGGAAAUUGCUUCCGUUGUCACAAGGAAGGUUGCCCAAUGAUGGGUCAUUUUGCUGAUAGAUUUCACCUCAAAAAAAUGAAGACUAAUAGAUCGUAUUAUGUUUUAAACACAGGGACUCUUUCCCCAUUUUCCCGUUGGAGGCACAAACUGUCUGUCAAACUUGAUGGAAACAGUGUCACUCAAGGAAGUAUGUUUCUCUUUGUAGGUGGAACAACAGAGAAGACAGGGGAGUUUGGGGUUGUCAGUGGAACACUGAAGCCAGGCAUGACUUAUACAAAUUUAAUUGAUGCAGACAUUAACAUUGGAAACAUUGCAAGUAUUGAGUUCAUUUGGAAGGAACUUUCAUUUGAACAUUCUCAGAAUAAGCUGGGAGCAGAAAUGGUGAUAGAUAUAUCUGGAAAAUAUGGAUAUGAAUCUGCCUUCUGUAGCUAGAACUUUGUAGGACUUAAUAUUGCCCAGAUCCUGAAACCAUGCUAAUUCCAGAUAUAAUCUCAAUGGAUUUACUUAAUGGGAGCAAUGGAAAAAUUAAGCUGGUAUCCAGACCAAGCUUGGCCCUUGUAAAUGAGAUAGAAAUGUAUAGUUGCCUUUUUUCUAUAUAGAAUGUUUUUCUUAUUGACAAGCUUUUAUAUGUCCCUUAAAACCAGACUGAGCCCUGGGAUUCUGGGUUAUCAGUGACAAAAUAGAGCUGAGUUAGUAUUUCCCUGAAUAAGAGGAGUUGUUACAAGUAGGUGGUGUAACCUCAUCAGAAAAUGAGCCUCUGUCUGGUUGAGUGUUUGAAGUACAUUUAGAGUAUUUCCAGGUGGAAUAAUCCUUGUUCUAAAAUGAUUUGAAGAAUAUUUACUAUGUUGUUAAAUCUCACUAAGACACAUUAUGUCUAUAGUUCAUGAUGUAUAGUAGAUGAUAACCCUGUGGGUUGAUACAUCUAUCGAUUAAUAAUAAAAACUAAUGAGAGCGCAUUAGUGUUUGCAAGGUGUUCCUUGGUCUUCAGGGAGUGUGUGAGGUAAGAGAUUUUGGAGCUUAUCAAUGAUGUAUGUCUCAGGUAGUAAUGGGCCCUGAGGAUCAUCAGCCCCUCCUUCUAGAAGCCCCCACCACAGAAUUACUCAUCUCCCUGGGCCUUGAAGGUCCCAUUGUAAAUUUUUAUUUAACCUAAAAGCAGCAUUUCAUUUCUAAAGCCCUUGACUAACCCUUUGUGUUUAUAAUAACAAUAUUGUAAUAUUUAAAUGUGUCAUUUGUGUUUUUUAUUUUGCUUCAAUUUUGUCUAAUUCAGUUGUCCUCAUCCAAUGAAAAUAAAAGAUGAGUGUUUUUAUUUGUUCUGUUCUCUAUCACUGGGCUCAGUGUUUGGCCCAUAGCACUGUGCUAUGAAUAUUGUUGAAAAGAAAUGAUGACAGAUACUCUGCAGAGGGUUUCUUGAUUCUCCUUGUGCCUUGUUGCCAACUGAACCUUAAGAAGAGACCCACGGGUGUACAUGAACUUGAGUUGUGGCAGAAAGCAGAGAACAAAGUGGGGUGACAUUCCUGCUGAGCAAGGAGGAGAUAGAAGGCUGAUUGGAGAGCAAGGCUUAGUGGAAGGAGGAGAGGAGAUAAGGGUGUGUUUGGCAUGGUCUGGCUGAGCAUCCUACCUCCCUGGUGCCAUAUCAGCCUGAGGCCCACACCAGCCCAGGAACAGGGAGGCCAUGAACAGCCCUGUAGGAGGCUCUGAACCCUACUGAGUAACUGCAUCGCAGCCCCAGCACUCCUGAGCAACCUGGCAGUGGAGUUGGCCCAUGGCUCUGGGGGAUGGAAACCUGUUAGAGCAGCUGCCCCGGGCCUGCACUGCUCUCUGCUCAGCCUUUCUUCCUUUCAGGAGGGGGCUGCCAACUGGGAGGAAGAGUUAUGAAUCAGGAUGCUGCACUAGGCUCUGUGUGUCCUGGCUUGCUUCCUUGUUCGAGGCGUCUCUGGGCUGGCUCUUUCUAAGCUUGAAAAGACAAAUUGGAGUCACUUAACUUCUGGGAACCCUAUUUUAAUAAACUAUAGGCUUU